GUAACUUUUGAACUUCCAAUAUCAUUGUAAAGAUCCUUUAUUCUUUCUACACAUAAUUUAAAUCUGCAGUCCGAAGAAAUACCGUAAAUAGUAUUUUAAAUAACGUGAAACUAUCUUAUUCAUAGAGAAUUCAAUUGAAUCAAGUUCAUCGUAAUAUUAUAUUGUGCAAUCUGAGUCUUCUAGCAUAGUGGCAAAGAUGUUGGCUCAAAAAUUGUUUUAGGUCACAGGUUUUGUAUUUUUUUUUGAAAAAAAUUUCCUUGUUCAAAUUUCUGAAUCCGCGAGUGUGUCCAUGGGGGAUUGGGUGAUUGGAGCGUUGAUCAAUUUGUUAGGAAGCAUUUUCAUCAACUUUGGAACCAACCUGCUUAAAUUAGCUCAUGAUGAGAGAAAUUUAAGGGCUAGGAUGAAGCCCAUUAUAUACUUUCAAGCAUGGAGAAUUGGUAUUCUCUUCUUCACAAUAGGAAAUUGUCUCAAUUUCAUUUCAUUUGGUUAUGCUGCUCAAUCACUUCUAGCAGCUUUAGGAUCUAUUCAGUUCAUUUCAAACAUCGGAUUCGCGUACUUCGUGUUGAAUAAAACAGUGAAAAUCAAAUUAUUGUUAGCCACUGUUUUUGUUGUUGCUGGAAACAUUUUCCUUGUAGCUUUUGGUAAUCAUCAGUCCCCUGUUUACACAACAGAGCAAUUGGGUGAAAAUUACACAAACAUUGUGUUUCUCGUGUACUGUAUCGGUUUGGUCUUAGUUGUUGUUUUCCAUCAUUCAAUUUACAAAAGAGGAAAAGGGCAAAUGCUGGUUCCGUUUUCAUAUGCAGUUGUUUCUGGUGCAAUUGGAUCGUGUUCAGUAUUGUUCGCGAAAUCUCUUUCAAACAUAUUGAGAUUGUCAAUGUCAUCGAAUCAUGAUGGUGAUGGUGGUGGUGGUUAUUCAACAUUGCUCAACAGGUUCACGUAUUCAAUGCUUUUGAUGUUUAUAAGUACAGGUGGAUUUUGGAUGGCCAGGUUAAAUGAAGGGCUAUCGCGAUUUGAUGCAAUACUUAUCGUACCUAUGUUUCAAAUCGCUUGGACGUUUUUCUCAAUCUGUACUGGAUUUGUCUACUUUGAGGAAUACAAGGUGUUUGAUGCUUUAAGAACAACUAUGUUCGUUUUUGGAAUGAUUUCUGUGUUUAUUGGCAUUUAUUUGCUAGCACCAGAGGAUGAUGAAGUAUUGAAGGAUGGUUCUUUAGCAGUACUCAAAACUUCGAAUUCAUCGCAGCAUGUUGAGAGAUUGUUCAUAUCAUCUGAUCAAAUUAGGGAUAUAGAGAUCAUUUGGACGAGAUAUGCUGAUGAAAACUGCUGAUAUGAUUGGACUAUGCGAGCGCCAGGACGUUGGUGUGUGGUGAUAAACAUGAAAAUGGUACAAGUAAUUAUUUGUCUCGUCGAAAAAUUAUAUAGUGUAUAUAAAAGCAUUUUUGUGUGUGUAUGUACAUUGGUAAAUUCAUUUGGGCAGUGAAGCUUCUAUUGUAAUUGGCAAGAGUAGCUUGAAAUUUUGUUUUAGGUUGCUAAUUAACUCAUGAGGUACUGCUACAUCUUUGCAUUUUUUGAAUUUCCUCUAGUGGUAGUGCUUAACAAUAUUGUUAUUUCUUUCUCCUUAUAUAUAUGGAGAAAAAUAUCAACAGUUUAGCCUUUAUUUUCC